CGCCAUACAGAUAUGACUUGGUUAUAUAUAACGUGGAUUUAGAAGACGAUGAUGGGGAGUAUGAUUGUUAUUUUAGUUUACACGGCAAUGCAGAUGGGGAAGUAGGAACACUUACUGUACUUGAUCGAAUAGAUUCAAUAACCAUAGUUGGCUACAGUGAUGAUGCAGUUGUAACAAUUGAUGAAAAUGAAGCAAGGGAGUUUACCUGUGUAUCCACCGAUGGUAACCCAGCAGCUGAGUUAACAUGGACAAUAGGUGGUAAAGAUAUCACAGAAUACAGUACAUAUACAACACAAGUCAGUGAUAAUAAUGAAAAACUACAUAACAGUAUGAGUGUGUUGAAUUAUACAUUCAACGCAUCGGAUAAUGGAGAGGCUUUGAAAUGCCAAGGAUUUCAACAUGAAGACUUAACAGUUAGAAGUGCUCGUGUUUACAUGAAUGUAAAAC